AUGUUGAAGGUUGCCUUACAGUAUCAAAAAGCUUUUUACUUGAUCUAUGCACGAGAUAAGACAUUUCACGAAGAAAUGGACAAAACAAAUGGGGGAGUUAAGAAAGAGGAUUGGGAAUAUGUUGCAUCAGUGCUUCCCUUGCAUGAGAUCCAAGUAGACACACCACCAAAUGAGGAUGAUAAUGAUAAUAUUUUCUGGAACUACAGUCAAGAAACUAGGCAUAAGUCUGAUCCUAAGACUGAAAUUGAAUCAUAUCUACAAGAAACAUGGGUACCAUGUGUUAAAACAAUUGAGUUUGACAUCUUAGGUUGGUGGAAAGUCAACUUAACUAGAUAUCCCAUUUUGGAAAGCAUAGCUCGAGAAGUGUUGUCUAUUCCCGCCUCUACUAUAGCUUCAGAAUCUGCUUUCAGUAAUGGUGGAAGGGUUAUUAGUGAUUAUCGCACUUGUCUAACACCUAAAAUGGUGGAAGCGCUUGUUUUCAUGCAAGACUGGUUGAAAGGAGAAUCAAUCUCCUUAUUUUCUGAGGAGAACCUUGAUGAGAUCCAUCAAUUAGAGCAAGAGAUAACAUCUCAGACAUCAGUUGAUAAUCUUGAUGAUGAUGAAGUCUUUGCAAGUUAA